AAUCCAUCCCAAUUGCAUACCAAUACCUCGCUCAACCAUUCAACCUCUUCAACCCGAGAGAAACCUGUCUAUCAAAAAAGACACACACUAUGAACCCAAACCAAACUCCAACCCCAAACCCCAAACGCCGCCGUCUGUACACCACCAACACCACCAAAUCAUCACCCUCAUCACCCUCAUCACCCUCAUCAACGCUCACGAAACCAUUCAAAUCGCCUCUGCGCAGACCAGCAGCACCAACCCCAGAUAUCACCACAACCACCACAAACACACCCUCUUCAUCCUCCAAAGACACAACAACCACACAACCCCAAAUACAAUCCCACACAUCAACCCCCGCCACCCCCAAACCCAACCCGUCAUCUUUCACGACCCCAAUUCCCAAACCCACCCCCAAGAAUAAUACUCCUACCCCCAAAGAGAAGAACAAAGAAGAAGACCCCACCCUCCGCACCCUCCUCACCACCCACCGCCACCUCCAAUCCCGACUCCUCUCUCCGCACAGAACUAGAAACAGUUACUCAGGCGCAGCGCAUCGAGGAAUCUCGCCGAGAUGAGGAGCUAGAACGAUUAAUUGUGAAAUGGAGAGGUGUAGGGCAAAAGGUUGCGGAGGAGGUGUUUGAGGGGGCGAGG